GAAGGAAUCGGUUCGUUUCCUAGCGGGCAAACUCAGUCGCCAUCGUUCUCUGUUCAAAGAGGGUUGGAAUAGAACCGGAGCUUGCAACCGAAUCAGAGAUGGCGAUGAGGUCCGCGAUCGAAGCGCUUUCUCGCUUCUCCAGAUCUCCGGUGACGGUGGCGAGGGAGUCCGCCGCAUUGAGGAGCGCACGACUAUUUAGCGAUGGGAAGGGUAAGAUUCUCAGCGAGGAGGAGAAAGCCGCGGAGAACAUCUACAUCCAGAAAAUGGAGAGAGAAAGGAUGGAGAAACUGAAGAAGCAGCGGGAGAAAGAGAAAGCCGAUGGCGAGAAGGAGAAUAGUGAGAAGAAAUCCCAUGACAAGAACUGAUGCCGCUAUGCUUCUUCAGUCUGGUCUCGUUGUAAUGUCUCUUGAACAACUUUGAUCCUUGUAGGUCAAAUCGAUGAUAUGAAUAAGCCACACACGGUUUAAAACUCCCCUUAUUGUCGAUCUGUCUCGGGAACUGUGGAUGAUUAAAAAAAAGGAUAAUCAUGUGUGACAUUUUGACUACGCAGUAUGUUGAAACUUGAAGGAAAAA